AUGAACAUCAGACAAACCCUGAAAAAAGGACCAACGGGAUAUCGUUAUUUGAUAGCAAGAAUAUUAGGAGCUGCAACUCGAUUGGAAACAUCUACUUCUAUACAAUUAACCCUAACCAGAUUACGACAAUGGCAGCCAACAGGAGGAGAAAAGGUCAAAUAUACAUUCAUGCUCGUGAUGGCAUUGAUCUCGCUUUAUGUGAUGAAAGUACCAGGUUUCCCACUUAAACUUGGACUUCCUGCAAUAUUCUCCCUUUUGGUCUUGUUGCCGAUCACAUCGCAAUUCUUCUUACCUGCAUCACCAAUCUUGCUUUGGCUUUUGAUAUUCUAUUCAUCUCAGUUCGUUCCCGCAAGCAGCAGGCCGCAUAUCUGGGUCAGUGUUUUGCCAACGCUAGAAACGGUCUGGUAUGGUGCUUCGAUUGCUGAUAUUUUAACUCGAAUCGGUCAUCCCGCUUUGGAUAUUUUGGCUUGGAUACCCCCUUUCUUCGUUGCUGCUUUCUUGUUCGUCUUUGCACCACCUGGCACGACAAAAUUCUAUGGAGCUGCAUUUGGAUUCAUGAACGUGACUGGGGUUUUGAUACAAUUUUGGCUACCAUGUGCACCGCCUUGGUACGAGUUACGUGAAGGAUUGACACCGGCAAAUUAUGAUAUGAAAGGAUCACCCGCAGGAUUGGCAAGAAUUGAUCAAAUUUUCCAUGGACAUGGCUAUACGGUUGGUUUUACCAAUGCACCAGUUCCUUUUGGCGCUUUUCCAAGUUUGCAUUCAGGCAAUGCGACAAUGUCUGCUUUGUUCUGCAGCUACUUCUUCCCACUGGCUCUAGAGUUGCCCUUGUUGUUCUCCAGCAAACGGAUACGAUUUGAUGCACGGAUCCUGUAUUGGAUCUAUGCAUUUUGGCUUUAUUGGUGCACGAUGUACCUGAUGCAUCACUUUUUGGUCGAUUUGGUAGGAGGUGCAUGUUUGGCAACAGGAUUCUUCUAUUACUACUUACCCGAUGAAAUCAGAACGAUCAUGGAACAGGGCUAUGCAUACAGACCUUCUCAACCUGCGCCAACAUCUGCUGCUCCGCCAUCUGAUUAUCCGAGGGAAGCAUUCGGAACGAGGAGUAGCACCACAACCAAGAAAGACGGCAGUGUAUUGUUUGCACUCGGACAAGAUGAAGAAGAUGACGAUCUAGAAGAAAGCCAGCAAACAAGCUUACAGGCGAGCAACGGUGAGGAAAUGAAACGAUCAAAUUCAGCCAAUUCAAAGCGAUGAAGGAAAGAUGUAGUCAUUUGUACAUUUAAUUUUAAAUUUUGCAGAUUCUUGCUUACCAC